AUUUUAACGUGUUUUGCAAUAAACGAGUAUUAUGCAGAUAAAAAACCCAAAAAUGUUCUCGUUACAAUUUAUUUGGUGAUUAAAUUAGACGUACACAAUGAUGCCUCAUACAAUAGCUAUAACUUACUUUUUUACAAAUGCAAUAGUAAUAACGGUACAUAAUUUUUUAUACAACGAAUUCAUAAGUGCAAUGUCAAUCUAUGUUAUGUAAUCUGUGGUUUGUACAUAAAAUCCAGUCAAAUGAUGCUUAAGAAAUAAUAAACUUCAAUAUAAAAUAGUAGUCAUGUGACUGGGUUAUAGGUACAAUAUUUCAUUUACAGCCUGUUACUUAAAUUAUAUCAAGACAAACAAAGAAAAUUUGUACUUUCUAAUGUGCAACAAAUUACUUACAUAAAUGUCUAGUUUACAGGAGCUUCGUUACAGUUUCGUGCGUAUAAUAUUAGUUAGCUUUUAUAUAAAACCUAUAUAAUUAGUUUUGCUAUACAAACAAUUGUAAAUAUAACAAACCUAUAAUAAGAAAAUAAUGUUUAUAGAAUCCUAUUGCGUCGCUUUAUUUAUUUUUUAAUUAUACUAAGUGUAACUUAACGGGGGAUGAGUGAUUCUAGUCAUUUGAAUCUAGUCUAUGGUAUCUAGUCUUUGGAACCUAGUCUUAGAGUAAGUUUGUGUAUAAAAUUAUUUUUGUAUUGACCAGACAAAAUGGUGUAUUUAAUAGUUAUUGUAUUGUAUUGACUCUAGUACCCAAGCACGGAGUAUGUACCUAAUUAGAUAAGUAGUCGCUUGUACUGCCAAUACUGAUAAUCGGAUAUUCCCUAGCUAGAAACUAAACUAGAUGUAAUUAGGAAUUUAAAUUCUAUGAAUAGGUCAUUUACAAUUGAAUUUUAUACGAAAGUAAUUCUGAAAAAACUAAAUCAUUUAUUUGCACAUUUUUUUUUAUGAUAAAAAGACCAUUAUUUAAUACGAUCGACAAUAUAGGAACGAUUCUUUUUUUGGAAUCUUUUUAAAAAUGUCCAUAAAUCAUUUUUAAAAACUAUUGAUUAAUGACCUGUUCGUGAAAUUUAGCUAUUAAUUUACAUUGGUUUUAAUUGGAAAGUUAUUCCUUAUUAGAAUGUAGUUAUAACUAAAAUUAAACCUCCAUUACUUCCAUAUGUUCUAAUUUCUAUAGCAAACAUAUUAUUAAAUCUUGUCAAAUAAAAAUUGUGAAAUAAAGUGGAAUUAGUAAGUAGAUGGCAGGCAGACCUCACAAUAAUAUAAGAAUUCAACCAUAUAAAAAACCUUAUAAAAAAAAGUAAUGUAGGCUUUGUAAUUAGCAGUACCUACAUCAGUUUAAUGU